CCAACUCAUCCUAUUCUCUAUUUCAUUUCCAUCAUGACACAUCCCAUUCUAUUGCUUGGACUUCUCAUAGUAGCAUACUUUAGUGUUUCUGAAGCUGAAAAUGUCUUCUCACAAUACUGGGAAGAGCAUAUUGGUCUUUCACACCCUCCAAAUUGGUUAGCUGCAAAGGCCUCUCCAUUGAGCUCCGAUCAAGCGGCAACAUUUAUGAAACUUAUGGAGGAAAAUAAAUUGGGUUCCCACUUGCGUUCCUUCUGUACGCAGGCUAAUGUUGCUUGUUCUACAAAUGCGGUGUUGAAGAAGACAAUGAAUGACACAACCCUGCCACCAAUAGCCUGUAUGGAGUACUGA